AUGCUCUCAAAAUCUCCUUUGUGCCUGACGGCAUUGCUGCCUGCUCUGGUCAGUUGCCAGACUCCUGUAGAAACCAACGCCCUUGGCACACCCAAUCUCGUUCACAACGGAAGCUUUACCGAGGGUACUCCUGGGUGGACAGUCAAACCACCUGGCUAUGUUCGCAAUGGCAUGCUCUGCGUCGUUGUACCCGCAAACACUGCCCCGAACGCGAGCUAUAUCCAGACCACUCAGAACUUCACUCAGAUCAAGAACGAUAUCUAUUACUUGAAUUUCACCGCCUCAGCUACCCAUGCCACGAACCUUUGGAUCGAGACGAAUGGCUACGAUCCUUCUGCUGGCGGUGCUCCAGUCGAUCCAAAUCUUAACACAACUCAAGUACCCUUGACAAUGUCUGCGGAACCUUUCUCGCUCGUCUUUUCACCAGCCAAUCAAGAGAACAACUCUACAUUGACAUUCUUCCUUGGAGGAAGCAAUUUCACAAACGAAAUUUGUCUCGGUGACGUUUCCUUGCACCGCAUUAACCGCCUGCCAUACUUCCAAGACACUGGUAGAUCGAUCAAGAUCAAUCAACAUGGCUAUCUACCUAACGGCCCAAAACUUGCUGCAGUUGCUUCAAGCAGCAAUGCGUCUUUAACUUGGCAUCUUCAGGACAACAAUGGUGCAUCAGUCGCAUCUGGACAGACUACUCCGUUCGGCAAUGACACAGCAUCUGGUCUGAAUGUCCACACUAUCAACUUCACCAACUAUACUAAGCAAGGCACUGGCUUCACUCUGAAGGUUGCAGGUGAUACGAGCUAUCCAUUUACCAUCUCAAGCCAAUUGUACACGACCCUUCGUCAGGACUCUAUGCAAUUCUUCUACCAACAACGUAGUGGUAUUGCAAUUGAUGCCGAGCUCGUAGGCUCACAGUAUGCUCGACCAGCUGGCCAUAUCAAUGUCUUUCCCAACCAGGGUGACGUCGUGACACCUUGCCAGUAUGAAUGGGAAUCGAACGUUACAUACCUUGAACCAUGGACAUGCAACUACACACUUGACGUUUCGCAAGGAUGGUAUGAUGCUGGUGAUCAAGGCAAAUAUGUUGUCAACGGAGGAAUCUCAACUGCUCAAAUUCUGAUGGCAUAUGAGCGUUCGUUGCAUGCAGCAAACAGCUCCUCCAAACCACUUGGUGAUGGAUCACUGAGGAUACCAGAACGCUCGAACGGCUACCCAGACUUUCUCGAUGAAGCCCGCUGGGAAAUGGAGUUCAUGCUGAAGAUGCAGGUUCCUCCCAACUCUCCACCACAAUUGUUCAAUGGCUCAUACAUCGACAUGUCAGGACUUGUCCACCACAAGAUGCAUGACAACCAGUGGACACAACUGCCGACUCCUCCUAACCUCGAUCCCAAGCGAAGAGAGCUACACCGUCCGUCCACGGCUGCAACACUCAACAUGGUAGCCACAGCAGCCAUGAGCGCAAGACUCUGGGCUACAUUUGAUACUGCAUUCGCUCAGAGAUGUCUGAGUGCCGCUCGCAUAGGCUAUGCAGCCGCCAAAGCUAACCCUGCCAUCUAUGCUCCGGGUACCGAUUGGGAUCUUGGCGGCGGUGCAUACAGCGACGACGACGUGAGAGAUGAGUUCUACUGGGCAGCUGCAGAGAUGUACAUCACAACCUCCGAGGCUCAGUUUGAGAAGGAUGUCAUGUCCAACUACUACUAUACCGCUAACGCAUCAACACUCUUCCCCGAGGGUGGCUUUGGAUGGUCGUCUAUGCAGUCAAUUGCACAGAUGGAUCUUGCUGCUGUGCCGAACAACGUCACUGGAAGGAACGCAAUCAUCGAGUCUGUCUUGACAGGCGCUGACCAGUACAUGGCUAUUCAGAAAACGCAGCCUACUGAUGUCUUUAUUACCUCCUACCCUUGGGGCAGCAACAGUAAUCAACUUAACUGCAUCCAAGUAGUCGCAACCGCCUACGACAUCUCCCAAAACACUUCCUACCGCACGUCAGCCUUAUCAGGAAUGGACUACGUAUUCGGCCGCAACGCCAUCUCCCAAUCCUACGUCCACAACUACGGCACCAAGACUUCGAGUAACAUGCAUUCUCGCUUGUAUGCUGCUGAGCUCAGUCGUUUGAUUGUGCAGGAUCCGAUUGUUCCGCCACCACCCAAGGGAGCGAUGGCUGGUGGUGCGAAUGAGAGUCCUGCUGAUCCUCCUGCUGAUGAUGUGUUGGUGGGCUGUGUGGGACAGUUCUGCUAUGUGGAUGAUGUGAAUAGUUAUAGCACGAAUGAGGUGGCUAUCAAUUGGGGGUCAGCUCUGGCUUGGGUCGCUAGUUGGGCUGCUGAUCAGUAG